AUGAAGCGACUGCAGCUCCAACGAUGGAGCAGUACAGUCCUUUCGCCGCGGGCUCGGACUAGUAACAAACUGCAUCAACAUCUCUACUCUGCUAGUUUACGGCAUCAAUCGACGGCCGCUCCUCUUCAAGCCGAGUCGCUUGCUCAAGGUGCCAUUGACAAUGCAAGCCUGGAACUCGAGGAUCCCGAGUUGAAGCUCCGUCUCGACAGCGUUCACAAGCGCAAAUCCCAACUUAAAUAUCCCUCCCCUCCCGUCAACGCCGCAGCAGAAUCCGCCAAACUUGCCGCCCUUCAUGCUCGUCUUUACCUGCCCUCUCGACUACCUCUUGAGACCCUCGCGCGGACAUUGGUGGAUGUCUCUGCCGACUCCAAUGCGGAUUUCAACAAUGAAUCACUGGCUACUCUUGGUCACGACCUCCUCACUUACUACACCUCCGAACACCUCCUCGCUACCUACCCUCGUUUGCCUUUGACCGUCAUUUUCGCCGCCAUGUAUGCCUAUGUCGGUCCCAAGACUCUCGCUGCCAUGUCCAAAGAAUGGGGUGUUGACGUGGCUUCCCUGCCAGGUGGAGAAGUCGACCCUGGUUUCCUGCAAUUCAAGCGCGUUGAACCCGGCACCGACUUGAGCAAGACCUUAAAGGGUAAGGGUCCACGACCAUACGCCGAAGAAAAGAAGUGGAGGAAGACAGUCACAUCUAAGAUCUUUUAUGACGAUGAAUUUGGUGACCCGAUCAAGGGGUCGAAUGAAGCCGGUGCGGGUGUUCCGGAUGAGCUUGCUCGUGCUACUGCCGUGCGUGCUCUCAUGGGUGCGAUUUACUUGCACUCCGGCCGUCCCGCGGCCAAGCUCUUCUUCCAACAGCAUUUCCUCUCCAGAAGUUUGAACAUCUCACAGCUGUUCAACUUCUCCCAGCCAGCCCGUGAUCUGACCCGCUUGUGCGCGCGUGAGAAUUUCGAGAAGCCCGUUGCCAAGAUUAUCAGCGAAACUGGUCGUCUCAGCAGACACCCUGUCUUCGUGGUUGGUAUCUUCUCUGGUCAGGACAAGCUGGGCGAGGGCGCUGGCGCCAGCCUGCUUGAGGCUCGGGAGCGUGCUGCCCUUGCCGCACUGAAGGGCUGGUACCUAUACAGUCCCCUCAACGUGCGUGUUCCUAGUUCCAUGGAAGAGGAGGGCGCCGCUCCCUGGAAGCCAGCGUAUGUUGACCUGGGUGAGGUGAUCUCUUAA